AUGUGGAGGCUGAGGAUCGGAGCUAAGGCAGAAAAGGACUCUCACAUGAGCACCACCAACAAUUACAUUGGACGGCAGGUAUGGGAGUUUGAUGCCAACGUGGGCUCUCCAGAGGAACUCGCUGAGGUCGAAGAGGCUCGCCGGAAUUUUUCAAACAAUGGAUACAAGGCCAGUGCCGAUCUCCUUUGGCGUAUGCAGUUUCUAAGGGAGAAGAAGUUCGAGCAGAAGAUUCCGAGAGCGAGAAUAGAGGAUGCAAAGAAAAUAAGGUAUGAAGAUGCCAAGACGGCGCUGAGAAGAGGUUUACUCUAUAUGGCGGCAUUACAGGCUGAUGAUGGACAUUGGCCUGCUGAAAACUCUGGUUGCAUGUUAUUUGACGCCCCCUUUGUGAGCUACACUUAA